AUGACCAUGCACCGAAUGUCAAUUCAGAAAGCUUGUUUUCUGAGCGAAUCCACUGAUAAUUUACCAAAGCCGGCUGACCUCAAGAGGCUGCUUGAAAGGGUGAGUACAAUUAAUUUCAGUCCAAAAGUCAUUCAGUUACUUCAUCUGAUGCAUAUGUCUUUAUCCCUCGCUGAAAAGGAGAAAUAAAAAUAUGAUUUUUUGUUCAAAAAGUUGAGUUUCGGAUAUCAACAUGUCAAAGUCUCAUGUACUAUCAGUUUUUCACUUUUUAUUCAGAAAGGGGACUACUCUCUGUUUCUAGAAAAUUCUUAACCAAGUCUCUGGUAUUGUGUUUGAGACGUGGCAUGAGAAGAUUUCAACGCAUGAAAAGAAAGUAAAAAUAAUACAGAACUGAUACAAAAGGAGGCACGGAUGGACACUGUUGAGGAAGAUUGAAACGGAUGGCAAUUGUGAUUUUUGAAAACGUGUUGCUGAUCUAGCAGUUUUUCUGUUUUCUUUUUUGUUGUUUUGUUACGUUUGAGAUGAUACUCGGGAGACAUAUUUGUUUUAUACAAUGCUGUGAUGUUGUCAUUCUCAAUUUCUUAACAAAAUGAAAACCCUGAUACAGUACCUUUAAACGUCUUUCUAUCUUCCCUACAGCAGUCGAAUCAGGAUAGCAGCCAGGUAGAGACACAAGAGGAAAAUGAAUAUGCGUUUGUUGGUACUCUCGAUGAUCGUUCGUUCCUAAGUGAUGAAAUGGCCGCCGUGUGCGCUAACCUGCCCAUUCACCUCAUCAAACAGAAAAACCUUCAAGUCUAA